AUGCAAGUUACAAUCUUUGUAGUGAUUGCAGCCUUCUUUAUGGCAGCUAGAUGCUUCUGCCCAUCAAUGUUUCAUAGAGAAAUGAAGUAUGAUUACUGUGUGAACAUCACAACUGGACUCCCACAGAACAAGACUGUCUGGGUUGAUAAUUGUGAAGAUAACAAGGUAUGCAUGUUUGGAGGCAGGCAAAAGGGAUUCAUAUGGCCUAUCACACAAGCAGAUUUAGUCACAAAUUCUGCUCUCUUUAAAACUGCUUAUAACCUCUCUGGAGUUGACACUCCAGGAUCUCUACUUGGCAAAUGUGAAGAUCCAAAGGAUGUUUAUAAAGGAAAGAAAUUAGAUGGAGAGAACUGAUCCUCUGACAAAGAUUGCCAAGAAUUAAAUUGAGAUCCUAUCAACAAAAGAUGUGUUGGUAUAGAAUUUGGCAAAUCAUGAACUUCUACAAACCAAUGAAGAGCUAAUCACAAAUGAGAUGCAGGCACUGGUCUCUGAGCAAAAGUAGGAAUUCAGGGUGAUGCCUGUACUUUAGACGAUGAUUGACCAAUGGAUAUGAUAUGUGAGGAUGGAACUAACACUUGUCAAUAUAUAUUUGAAGAAGUUGAGAAUACAAGUGUACAAGACCCUAGAAGGUGCUUAUCAGGAGUCAAAGUAGGAGCGUCAGGAGGAGCUGGCCAAUGAAGAACUACAAAAACUAUUCAGCAGAAUGGAGUUGUCUUGACGAACAAUGUAUGAGACCCCACAAUUGCAAAUCCUUGUAAUUUAUUUUCUGGUACUGACCAGAUUUACCCCAAGAAUGAUUACACUGACUUCACUCAAUUAGCCUACACAGUUUCUGGAGCUUUAGAUUGCCACUGAUAUUAUGGAGAAAAUGGUGCCUGAAUGCCUAUUGGUGAUGAAGAUUGGCUCAACAUGCAUUCUUAUUGGAGAUCGAAUAUAGUCUCUGGACUAAAAUCCCAAUGCCACCAAAGCCGAAGAUUUGACCCUCUGGCAUGGGUAGAUUGCCAAAGCGGAGUCGAUAAAGGAAAGUUAGAUUAUUUCAUCAGUGAACUUUUCCGCUUGACAAACCAUGUGUACGUCAAUAACACUUAUUACAAGAGCUUUGUUGGAAACAUGACCAUUCUGUCUGCUGGCUACUGGGCCAUAAUCAAUGAUCGUGGCUAUGAGCCUCAGCUGUGGCUCUUCAUCCUAGGCUCGGGCGUCUCAUUGCUGCUGGACUUAUAAUCGAAAAAUUAUGUUUUCAA